GGUAUUAGAUAACUGAUACGACCUAAAUCUGACAAACGAAGUGGGAUAAAGCAACAAUUCAUCCCACUUUCAAUUCCCGUCUCUUAUUUUAUAUACGUAGAGGCGCGACGCGAUCAAGUGCUUUUCAACCUAUGGGAAGCUAACUACACUCUCUAAUGUUAUUAGUCCGACGAUGACAAACCCGUCAAGAUGGACGGAGAUUGGGACGAGGUUGCGCGCAUACCAUUCCCCCCACCCGGUCUCCGGGCUAUGCCCACACCCGUCACCGUUCUAGCCUUCGACACAAGCCAAGAACUGCUAUGGACCGGGAACGAAUAUGGCCGGGUGUCUUCGUUCUAUGGUACAAAACUACAGCCGUAUACAUCUUUUAAAUCUCAUACUUCGCAAGAUGGACCCGUCCGACAGAUCCUAUUUAACGACAAGGGCGUUAUUGCCCUCGGAUCCCGCGGCGUACAUAUGGCUUCGAGGAGAGGACCGCCUCUGUGGUCGAUUAGGCACGACGAAAUGCAAGAACUACGAUGUAUGAGCUUCACGUCGAAAGGUACCGCCGAAAUAUUAGUUGCUGGCGAACAGGAUAGGAUGUUUGUUAUAGACACCAUUAAGGGCGAAAUCACGAAACACAUAUCGACCGAAUUUAAGUAUACGAUUAUGAGGAGGAGCCGAUAUAUAUGCGCCGCUACAUCGACCGGCGCCGUCCAUAUCAUCGAUUCCCUUAGCUUUCAAGUUAUCAAAGUUUGGAAUGCUCAUACCGCCGCCAUCAACGAUAUGGAUGCACAGCAUGACUUCAUAGUAACCUGCGGGUACUCGAUUAGGCACGGGGGUAAUUACAUGCCGGACCCAUUCGUCAACGUCUUCGAUCUGAAGAACAUGGUUUCCAUGUCUCCUAUCCCAUUUCCGGCUGGCGCUGCUUAUGUCCGAAUGCAUCCUCGAAUGUCUACUACUAGUAUUGUUAUGUCGCAGAUCGGACAGAUGCAUGUAGUUGAUCUCAUGAACCCUAACACUAGUAAUGUGCGCCAGGCAAAUAGUCUGUCCUACUUUUCCAUGAUAGAAAUUGCUUCUUCGGGUGAGGCUGUUGCCCUUGCGGAUGGCGAUUGUUUCAUUCAUCUUUGGGGCUCGCCGAAUAAGAUCCAUUUCGCCGAGUUCCCUACUCCGAUAGAGACUGCUGAUUCCGGGACGGAACCUCGGGUCGAUUUCGAGUCACCAGAUACACCGCUGAGCAGUGUUGGUAUGCCGUACUAUAGAGAAGUAUUGCUAUCAGCAUGGCCAAGCAAUAUGGUGACAGAAGUCGGUGCGCCUCCCGUCAAAAUCGACCCGCAAUUCCUAGCAACCCUACAAGAGAGAGAUUGGGGUCACUUCGGGAAAAAUACUCGCCCAUUACGAAGGAAUCAAGUUGAGGAUACGCGAAAUACCGAGAACGCCCAAAGCUCACUGAAGCCACCUAAAUUCCUGAGCGAAAAAGCGAGAGAAGCGGCAAAAUCUCCUGCAGGAACACCAGCACCUGAGGAAGUCGUCCCUGAGAUACCACAGGUUCUACAAGAUACCAAGCUGGAAAGCCAUAAGAUCGAAGUCCCCGAUUUAUAUCAGAAUAUUGAGAUUAAGUAUAGCAAGUUCGGAAUCGACGAUUUUGAUUUUGGUUAUUUCAACAAAACGCAAUACUCAGGAUUACAGAACCAUAUUGUUAACGCAUAUGCGAAUGCACUAUUACAAGUGAUGCACUAUACCCCUUUGAUUCGAAACAUCGCCCUCCAGCAUGCGGCGACUGCUUGCGUUGAUGAGUUAUGUCUCCUCUGCGAGCUCGGUUUCCUCUUCGAUAUGCUCUAUAAAGCGGAAGGAGAGGCAUGCCAAGCGUCUAACUUCACUAAGACACUCAGUUAUCAUCCUGAAGCCGGGAAGUUGGGUCUACUCGAGGAGGAACCUCAUGCGUCUCGUACUAUUAUGAUGCAGCAAUUAACUAGAUUCUUACUGAGACAGAUGACUCAGAAUUAUUCCCUGAUGGCGCAAAAUCCACAAUCAUAUAAUUCUGAAGCGCAUCGUCCCGGCGCAUUUGAAGAGUUAUUCCAAACUUCUGCAACAAGUUCUAUAAGAUGCAUGAAUUGCAGAAGUGAAACUACGAAACCCGACCAUACUAUGGUUAAUGAGUUGAUGUAUCCGCAAAAUAAAUCCGGCCAUAGGAACCCGAGAGUGCGGGGCCCCACGUUCUCUCAAGUACUGAAGAUGAGCGUGGAGAGGGAAACUACCAACAAGGGUUGGUGUAAUAAUUGUCAUAGAUACCAGACGUUAGCAACUCGAAAGACGAUACAUCGAAUACCCAGCGUCUUGAUGCUUACGACCGCAAUCAACAAUAAUGAUCACCGACGACUUUGGGCUACUCCCGGUUGGCUGCCGGAAGAAAUAGGCGUCAUAGUAGACAAUGGCCAAUUUUUCUGCUUCGAAGGAGAAGACCUAAAAUUACAUUUACAACGAGGAAUUCACAAUAUUACAGUUUAUUCUUUAACCGGUCUUGCAGUCAGUAUCGAAGGUGGCCAACAACAAAGAUCCCACCUUGUAGCCAUGGCAAAUAUCGCACAUUCCGCGCCCACAGCCCCUGGUCAAAGCCAGUGGUAUAUUUUUAAUGACUUUUAUGUCAAGCCUGUUCCAUCCCAAGAAGCUUUGACUUUCAAUACAUCCUGGAAGACACCGUCCGUCAUCACAUAUCAAAUCAAAACCGCAAAUAACCAGCUAGAUUCUAGUUGGAAACAAAACCUAGACUCUCGACUACUUUACCUAGAUCUUCAAGCCGACCGUGCGGACAAAACGUACAAGACUCUAGAUCGGCAAAGUGAGCCGGCCGGACCAAAUACAAUUGUCGCCAUAGACACAGAAUUUGUCAAGAUCUCUCAGCCAGAAGUGGAGAUGCAUUCGGACGGUGACUCCAAGAUCAUCCGACCAACUGUGCACGCCCUGGCCAGGACCUCGAUAGUACGAGGUGGCGGCAUGGACGAGGGAGUACCCUUUAUUGACGACUACAUCACUAUCAAGGAGAAGGUCGUCGAUUACUUAACCUCGUACUCCGGUAUUACCCCCGAAGACUUAGACAUAAACGUAGCGCAGCAGCGGGGCCACAACCUUGUCCCGCUAAAAAUCGCAUACAAGAAAAUUUGGAUUCUACUUAACCUAGGAUGCAAAUUCCUGGGUCACGGUCUUAAGCAAGAUUUCCGCGUCAUCAACAUCCACGUCCCGAAAGCACAAGUCAUCGAUACAAGCGACCUAUUCUUUAUCAAAGAACGACUCCGAAAACUCAGUCUACAGUUCCUCGCGCAUACACUAUUAAAAGAAGAUAUCCAGCAAAGCACCCACGACUCCAUCGAGGAUGCGAGAACGGCGUUGAAGUUGUAUAGGAAAUACCAAGAAUUCGAUGAGGCGGGUGUACUCGAGCAGAUGCUCCAGGAGAUCUAUGCUAAAGGUGUAGCAUCGAAUUUUAAACCACCAGCGAAAGCGGGUGUGCCUAGGACGGAUACUCCGCCUGUUGAGGGCGCGAUGCCGACGACUCCGAAUAGAAAGCCCGGUGUGUUGGUACAGGGGACGCCGACUUUAACGCCUAGGAGGGAGUUGGGGUUUAAGUAGGGUUGGAAUGAAAAGGAGUUACUUGGUGGGGGGAUGUUGAAUGUCUACCUUUUAUCACAAGAUCCGAUGAGAAAUGAUGGUGAGUUACAAUUUACGAGAGGUGGGGGAGGGGUAUGAAAUGACACGGGAUGAAAACGGCGGGAUGGCAGAUAGGGUGUCUAUCGACGACACCAUUUAGUUCAGUAAACAGAGAAGAAAUAUGAAUGGCGCUUCAACCGCCUUUGCGAAAAUAAUAUUGUUGAAAUUGCCUUGUCAA